UCUCUGCUUUCUUCCUCACACCCCACUCCUUCACAAACCCAAUAUUUCUCUCUGUUUUCCUCCCUGAGCUCCUCAAUGGCUACCUUCAAUAUGCUCCUCAUUCUUUCUCUCUUAGCAUUCACAACUUUCGUCGACGCCAGAAUCCCUGGCGUUUACACCGGCGGCCAGUGGGAAUCAGCCCAUGCCACCUUCUAUGGUGGCGGCGAUGCCUCUGGAACCAUGGGUGGGGCUUGUGGGUACGGGAAUCUGUACAGCCAAGGCUACGGAGUGAACACAGCGGCACUGAGCACUGCCUUAUUCAACAAUGGCUUAAGUUGCGGUGCUUGCUUUGAGAUCAAAUGCGCAAACGAACCUCAAUGGUGUCACGCCGGCAGUCCCUCCAUCUUCAUCACUGCCACAAACUUUUGUCCUCCAAACUAUGCUCUGCCCAACGACAAUGGCGGUUGGUGCAACCCACCGCGCCCUCAUUUCGACCUUGCCAUGCCCAUGUUCCUCAAGAUCGCCGAGUACCGUGCCGGCAUUGUUCCCGUCUCUUAUCGCCGGGUGCCAUGCCGAAAGCAAGGAGGGAUCAGAUUCACGAUCAACGGCUUCAAAUACUUCAACUUGGUAUUGAUCACCAACGUUGCUGGUGCUGGUGAUAUCGUGAGGGCCAGUGUGAAGGGAUCAAAGACUGGUUGGAUGAGUUUGAGCCGUAACUGGGGUCAGAAUUGGCAGUCAAACUCUGUCUUGGUUGGCCAGUCACUCUCUUUCAGGGUCACAGGCAGUGACAGACGUACUACUACUUCAUGGAAUAUUGUCCCUUCCAAUUGGCAAUUUGGCCAAACUUUCACCGGAAAGAAUUUCAGGGUCUAAUUCAAAAGUUUCCCUCUUAAUAUGUUAUUUUGGUUUUUUAUUUUUAAUUUUUUUGCUACUUUGUAUUUUUGAUUUGAACUGUAUUGGGUAAAAAAAAAAAAAAAAGAAAAAAAAAAGGAAAAAAGGGGAAAGGAAAACACAGAGAACAUGAGGGAAAAGUGUGUUUCAGUGGCGGUAAACCUUUUUGACUUGGUGGAGUUUUAAUAUAGAAAAAAAGAAAGAAAAAAGUAGAUAUUGUAUUGGAGCUGAAGCGGCUGCAAAGCCAUGUAGCCCGCAGCUUUGCUGCAUUCCAUAUAUAUAUAUAUAUAUAUAUAUAUAAAUUAUAGACAUCUUUUUUAGAGUA